UGGCGUGUGCUCGGGGGGAAGGGGCGAGCCCUGCCUGGCGGUGGUGAGGGGCUGCGGGCAGGGAGCCGGGCGGCUCCGGGCGGCUCUGUGCCCACUGGUGAGAGGAACGUGUGGAGCGGGACGCAGAGGUCUAGCCCGGCGGAGCCUCGACGCGGGCUUCCUUUAAUCCCUCCCUGGAUCAAUUGACGGGGGGUAGUUUUGCCGGUCCGCUUCCUCCAGGAGCUGGGCAACCUUGACGGGCUUUUUGUCUCGCUGUUCCAGCCCCCUUUCCCUUCCUCCUCCUCCAGAUAGAUGCCUUUUCUCUGCUCCUCCUCGCCGGGUACGGACAUUUCCAGCGCAAGCUACCGCUCGUGGGGGCUGUGGAAGGCACUUCACGGGAUUUGGGCUCUUGUCCCUCGGGGGUUUUUGAGGAGGGAGAGUUUUACGUCCUCCUCUAUGGGAUUUUCCUAGUUUGUCGAAAUGGACUUUCAUUGAUUUCGUCAAUGUUUAGUGACUAAUUCCCUAGGCGUGUUUUUGUAGUUCCUUUUCCCCUCCAAACAUAUAAUCUGUAAAAUGGAGAACGAAAUUUUUACUCCCCUCCUGGAGCAGUUCAUGACCAGCCCCUUGGUCACUUGGGUUAAAACGUUUGGACCUCUGGCUGCUGGAAAUGGGACCAACCUGGAUGAAUAUGUGGCUUUGGUAGAUGGAGUAUUCUUGAACCAGGUCAUGCUCCAAAUUAAUCCUAAAUUGGAGAAUCAGAGCAUAAAUAAAAAAGUCAACAAUGAUGCUUCACUUAGAAUUCAUAAUCUAUCCAUUUUGGUGAGACAGAUAAAAUUUUAUUACCAGGAGACUCUGCAGCAAUUGAUUAUGAUGUCAUUGCCGAAUGUCUUAAUCAUUGGCAAAAAUCCCUUUUCUGAACAAGGCACAGAAGAGGUUAAAAAACUGCUUUUACUCUUAUUGGGUUGUGCAGUUCAGUGUCAGAAAAAAGAAGAAUUUAUAGAAAGAAUUCAAGGAUUAGAUUUUGAUACAAAGGCAGCAGUUGCCGCACAUAUUCAAGAGGUAACCCAUAAUCAAGAAAAUGUAUUUGAUCUGCAGUGGAUGGAAGGGACAGAUAUGUCUCAGGAGGAUAUAGAACCUCUCUUGAAAAAUAUGGCAUUGCAUCUAAAAAGACUUAUAGAUGAGAGAGAUGAACAUUCAGAGACUAUUGUAGAGCUCUCUGAAGAACGAGAUGGUCUUCAUUUUCUACCCCAUGCCUCUUCAUCUGCACAGUCACCCUGCAGUUCUCCAGGCAUGAAGCGAACAGAAAGUCGACAGCAUCUGUCAGUGGAACUGGCAGAUGCUAAAGCCAAGAUAAGAAGGCUUAGGCAGGAACUGGAGGAAAAGACUGAACAGUUAUUGGACUGUAAACAAGAACUUGAACAAAUGGAAAUAGAACUAAAAAGGCUGCAACAAGAGAAUAUGAAUUUGCUGUCGGAUGCUCGUUCUGCUAGAAUGUACCGAGAUGAAUUAGAUGCACUCCGAGAGAAGGCAAUCAGAGUUGAUAAACUUGAAAGUGAAGUCAGUAGAUAUAAAGAAAGACUACAUGAUAUUGAAUUUUAUAAGGCAAGAGUAGAGGAAUUAAAAGAAGACAAUCAAGUUUUGUUAGAAACAAAAACUAUGUUGGAAGACCAACUAGAAGGAACUCGAGCUCGUUCUGAUAAAUUACAUGAGUUAGAAAAAGAGAAUUUACAACUAAAGGCUAAACUGCAUGAUAUGGAAAUGGAACGAGAUAUGGAUAGAAAAAAGAUUGAAGAAUUAAUGGAAGAAAAUAUGACUUUGGAAAUGGCACAGAAACAAAGUAUGGAUGAAUCAUUACAUCUUGGCUGGGAACUGGAACAGAUAUCCAGAACUAGUGAACUUUCUGAAGCACCACAAAAAUCCUUGGGCCAUGAGGUGAAUGAGCUGACAUCCAGUAGGUUGUUGAAGUUGGAGAUGGAAAACCAGAGUUUAACAAAAACUGUAGAAGAGCUUCGAAGUAAUAUGGAUUCUACAGAAGGCAAUACUUCCAAAAUCCUAAAAUUUGAGAAAGAAAAUCAAAGGCUAAGUAAAAAGGUUGAAAUCCUUGAAAAUGAGAUAAUUCAAGAAAAGCAAAGUCUUCAUAAUUGUCAGAAUUUGAGCAAGGAUCUAAUGAAGGAGAAGGCACAGCUUGAAAAAACAAUUGAAACACUUAGAGAAAAUUCAGAGAGACAGAUUAAAAUAUUGGAACAGGAAAAUGAACAUCUGAAUCAGACAGUGUCUUCCUUGAGACAGCGCUCUCAAAUAAGUGCUGAAGCAAGGGUGAAAGACAUUGAAAAAGAAAACAAAAUUCUACAUGAGUCAAUUAAAGAAACAAGUAGCAAGCUAAACAAGAUUGAAUAUGAAAAAAGACAAAUUAGAAAAGAAUUGGAACAUUAUAAAGAAAAAGGAGAACGGGCAGAAGAACUUGAAAAUGAGUUGCAUCAUCUUGAAAAAGAAAAUGAAUUGUUACAGAAAAAGAUAACUAAUUUAAAAAUUACUUGUGAAAAAAUAGAGGCCCUAGAGCAAGAAAAUUCAGAGCUAGAAAGAGAAAAUAGAAAAUUAAAAAAAACAUUGGAUAGCUUUAAAAACCUUACUUUUCAGUUAGAAUCAUUAGAAAAAGAGAAUUCCCAACUUGACGUGGAAAACUUAGAACUGCGAAGGAAUGUUGAGUCAUUGAAGUGUGCAAGCAUGAAAAUGGCUCAGCUACAACUAGAAAACAAGGAGCUAGAAAGUGAAAAAGAGCAACUUAAAAAGGGUUUGGAGCUCAUGAAAGCAUCUUUCAAGAAAACAGAGCGCUUGGAACUUAGCUACCAGGGAUUAGAUACAGAAAAUCAAAGGUUACAGAAAGCUCUGGAAAAUAGCAAUAAAAAAAUCCAGCAGUUAGAGAGUGAACUACAAGACUUAGAAAUGGAAAAUCAAACAUUGCAAAAAAACCUAGAAGAAUUGAAAAUAUCUAGCAAAAGACUAGAACAAUUAGAAAAAGAAAAUAAAUCAUUAGAGCAAGAGACAUCACAACUAGAAAAGGAUAAGAAACAAUUAGAGAAAGAAAAUAAGAGACUACGACAGCAAGCAGAAAUAAAAGAUACUACAUUAGAAGAAAAUAAUGUGAAGAUUGGAAAUUUAGAAAAAGAAAACAAAACCCUGUUCAAAGAAAUUGGUAUAUAUAAAGACUCUUGUGUUCGUCUGAAAGAAUUAGAGAAAGAAAAUAAGGAACUUGUGAAAAGAGCAACUAUUGACCUAAAAACUUUGGUUACGUUACGUGAGGAUUUGGUGAGUGAAAAAUUGAAGACUCAACAAAUGAGCAAUGAUCUCGAAAAAUUAACUCAUGAGCUUGAGAAGAUAGGGUUAAAUAAAGAGAGACUCUUACAUGAUGAACAAAGUACUGAUGACAGUAGGUAUAAACUUUUGGAAUCAAAAUUAGAAUCCACUCUUAAGAAGUCUCUUGAAAUAAAAGAAGAAAAAAUUGCUGCUUUAGAAGCUCGAUUAGAAGAAUCCACAAAUUAUAACCAGCAAUUGCGCCAAGAACUUAAAACAGUGAAAAAAAAUUAUGAAGCUCUCAAGCAGAGACAAGAUGAGGAAAGGAUGGUGCAGAGCUCUCCUCCAGUAUCUGGUGAAGAUAAUAAAUGGGAGAGAGAAAGUCAAGAAACAACUAGAGAGCUUCUAAAAGUUAAAGACAGAUUAAUUGAAGUAGAAAGAAAUAAUGCUACACUGCAAGCAGAAAAACAAGCAUUGAAAACUCAACUGAAGCAGCUUGAAACACAGAACAAUAACUUGCAGGCUCAGAUUCUUGCACUUCAGAGGCAGACAGUGUCAUUACAGGAGCAGAAUACCACUCUUCAAACACAGAAUGCCAAGCUUCAGGUUGAAAAUUCUACCCUUAAUUCCCAAAGUACUUCACUUAUGAACCAGAACGCACAACUUCUAAUUCAACAGUCUUCCUUAGAAAAUGAAAAUGAAUCUAUAAUCAAAGAACGAGAAGACUUGAAAUCUCUGUAUGAUUCUCUCAUCAAAGAUCAUGAAAAGCUGGAACUUCUUCAUGAAAGGCAGGCUUCAGAAUAUGAAUCUCUCAUCUCUAAACAUGGAACUCUAAAGUCUGCUCACAAAAAUCUUGAGGCAGAACAUAAAGACCUCGAAGACCGUUAUAAUCAGUUAUUGAAACAGAAGGGACAGUUGGAAGAUAUGGAAAAAAUGCUCAAAGUAGAGCAGGAAAAAAUGCUGCUUGAAAAUAAAAAACAUGAGACGGUAGCUGCAAAGUACAAGAAACUUUGCGGUGAAAAUGAUAGGUUGAAUCAUACAUAUAGUCAGCUUUUAAAAGAGACUGAAGUUUUACAAACUGACCAUAAAAACUUGAAAACUCUCCUAAAUAAUUCUAAACUGGAACAAACAAGAUUAGAAGCUGACUUUUCAAAGCUAAAGGAACAAUACCAACAACUGGAUAUCACAUCCACAAAAUUGAAUAACCAGUGUGAGCUGCUCAGCCAACUUAAAGGGAAUUUGGAAGAAGAAAAUCGACAUCUACUAGAUCAAAUUCAGACAUUAAUGCUACAAAAUAGAACUCUAUUGGAACAGAAUAUGGAAAGCAAGGAUCUUUUUCAUGUUGAACAAAGACAGUAUAUUGAUAAGUUAAAUGAAUUAAGACGACAAAAGGAGAAAUUAGAAGAGAAAAUUAUGGAUCAAUACAAAUUUUAUGACCCAUCUCCUCCUAGAAGGAGAGGCAACUGGAUUACUCUCAAAAUGAGAAAAUUGAUAAAGUCUAAGAAGGAUAUUAAUCGAGAACGUCAGAAAUCUCUAACAUUAACACCUACCCGCUCAGACUCCAGCGAAGGAUUUCUUCAGCUGCCUCAUCAAGAUAGUCAAGACAGUUCUUCAGUAGGGUCAAAUUCUUUAGAAGAUGGCCAAACCCUGGGGACCAAGAAAAGCAGCAUGGUUGCACUGAAAAGACUGCCCUUUUUGAGGAACAGACCGAAGGAUAAAGACAAAAUGAAGGCCUGCUACCGUCGUUCUAUGUCCAUGAAUGACCUGGUGCAGUCCAUGGUCCUAGCAGGACAGUGGACAGGUAGUACUGAGAAUUUGGAGGUUCCUGAUGAUAUUUCAACGGGUAAAAGGAGAAAAGAAUUGGGAGCUAUGGCCUUCUCUACUACAGCCAUCAACUUUUCAACUGUCAACUCUUCUGCAGGCUUCAGAUCCAAGCAGUUGGUUAAUAAUAAAGAUACUACAUCCUUUGAAGACAUAAGUCCACCAGGUAUAAGUGAUGAUUCUGGUACGGGAUCAAGAGCUCAUGCUUCAAGACCAGCCAGCCUUGAUAGUGGCAGAACAUCCACUAGCAAUAGCAAUAAUAAUGCUUCACUCCAUGAAGUCAAAGCAGGUGCAGUUAAUAACCAAAGCAGGCCACAAAGCCACAGUAGUGGAGAAUUUAGCCUGCUUCAUGAUUAUGAGGCGUGGUCCAGCAGUGGAAGUAGUCCAAUCCAGUACUUGAAAAGACAGACCAGAUCAAGUCCAGUGCUGCAGCACAAAAUGUCAGAAUCACUAGAAACUCGAACACACCACAAGAUAAAAACUGGUUCCCCUGGAAGUGAAGUCGUUACUCUACAACAAUUUUUAGAAGAAAGCAACCAGCUUACCUCAAUACAGUUAAAAUCUUCAAGUCAAGAGAAUCUUUUAGAUGAAGUAAUGAAAAGUUUAUCUGUCUCUUCUGACUUUUUGGGAAAAGACAAGCCAGUUAGCUGUGGUCUGGCCAGGUCAGUAAGUGGAAAAGCCCCAGGGGACUUCUGUGAUAGACGGACAGCUAAGCCUGAGUUUGUGAGAGCUGGUUCUCGAAAGACUGAAGGUGCCUACGUCAUUAGUUCUGCAGGAAAACCUACACCAGGCACUCAAGGAAAGAUAAAAUUUGUUAAAGAAACCUCUGUGUCACGACAAUCAAAAGAUAGCAACCCUUAUGCCACUUUACCUCGUGCAAGCAGUGUAAUCUCAACUGCUGAAGGAACUACUCGCAGGACAAGCAUCCAUGACUUUUUGACCAAGGAUAGUAGACUGCCGAUGUCCGUUGACUCAUCACAGCCUGCUGCUGAUAGCAACAUCACUGCAGCAUCUAAUGUGGACAAAGUACAAGAAAGCAGAAAUUCAAAAAGCAGGUCUAGGGAGCAACAAAGCUCCUAAUUCUAUUACCCACUACAUGACAUGUGGGCCAAGUGAGAGAAAAAUGCCCUUCAGUUUCUCAGUAUGAAGCCUUUAUUUGUGAAGUAACAAGACACCUAGCAACUAGAGAACCAUUUUUUUAAAAAUCUUUUAAGACUUUAAACAGUCCUUCGUGAAUAGAGCAGGCAAGAAAUACAAACCUUCAUUCCUUCCUUGAAUCAAGGAGCACUACUGGAUUCAACUGCCAAAAGUAUUAGAAGGUUUUAGGACUUAACUAUACAUUGUAUUGUUAAGCUCUGCUGAAUAAAGGACAUUCUCUCAGUAAAGACCACAAGUGUUUUAAAGUUAAGUGUUACAAGAAGUACUCCAAAAACAAUCUACUUCCUUCAUCAUUUGUUUAUUAAUUUAUCCAUGUUUGCUUAAUGCUCCUGCUACGUAUUAGCCAAAAGCUACUCGUUUAUAUUUAGUUGUAUAAAUCUAAAUUAAAUCUGUAGUAUUUUGUGGAAUGUAUUAUAUAUCAAGAUACAGAGAAAAUUGUUUUAGCAUGUCAGAGCCUUUUUGGUUAGCAGACUGCAUGUGUUGGUACUUUUUUUAAAGCAAUUAUUUCAAUGCCCUGCAACAGAAAUUCUGUUAUAAGAUACAUCUGAAAAAUCCAUAAUGAGAUAUACGAGUUAUACAAAAUUUAGUUACAUGAAUCUCCAUAUUCCUCACUAAGGUACACUAAGCAUUCAUACAUGGGUCCAAGAUAAAAGUUUUUCUGAAACGAUUUUUAGUAAGAUGGUUUUUCAACAACUAGCAUUCCCAAGAUAAAGUUGUUGUGCUUUAACUCAUUUCCCUUCUUUGCUAUUGGAUUAUGUAUGUUUGUUUCUUUUAACUUAAGAGCUGUCUGUUUCUUAAGAAGUUUUCUUAUGGCAGAAAAAUAAUGUAAAUAAUGUACGAUGAUCUACAUUUUGCCAGGAACUCAUUUAUUAAGAUUAUCGUUUAUUAAUAAGAAUUUUUCUGGUUUUUGUCCUUUAUAAUAUUACAUUAAAGUUGGUAACUAUUAUUGGUACUUUUGAAAUAUUUGUAUGCAUUUGUUACCUUAAACAUUUGGAAGAAGCACAAAAACGUAGAUUUUAGUUAACCCAGAGAAACAUCAAUUUUUUAUUAAUUCCAAUUUUAUAUCACAGUUUUAUUUUCUUAUGAAAUCCAAAAAAGGCAGUGAUACUUGUGCAAAUUCAUUAUUUAACAUAAAUAUCAAAAAUAAUCUGAAGUGAGAAGUUAUUGACUUUUUAUUUUAACAGUAUACUUCUUAGGCUGUCAUUACCAGCUCUAAAGAACUUUUGGGAAUUAUUCCAUAUUCCAUAAUGUAUGGUUUAUGAAUUCUGUGUAUCAUCACUAACACAGUAGCCAUGGAAAAAAGCCCUCCUCACCCCUCAUCUCUGUCUGUCUCUCUCUUUGGUAAGCCAGUAGUAGUGUUGUAUGUAUAGUUAUCUUUGGAAUGACCAUCAAUAAAAAAGAAAGACAGCAUGUUUAAUAGACCAGAAAUUGAAAUGGAAGUUAGAGAACUUGGAUUUAUUAAGUCAGUUUCACCAUUAAUGUAAGUUUUACCACCAAGUAAUACUAUAAAUGAUUUUUAAAUUCUUGGAUGAAAGGUGCUAUGUAAAUAUAAAUACAAAGGAAUCUUACUGAAAUACACAUAUUGCACAACAAAAAUAUUAAAAAAUCUAUUCUCUAGACUUUUAAAACUCUAUCAUGACUCCCUGGAGCAUCAAAUUAAUAAAUGGGUAUCAUGGCAGGCUAGAGACAUGUGAUGUAAAAAAUGUAAAUUUAUUUUUGGUUGGAUAAGUUGAAAAUAAAAGUAGAAAUUGUUUUAGCUAAAUAUAGUAAGUGGAUAACUUAGAUUUAUAUUAACUAGCAUCUAAUUUGCACAACUAGGACACAUUCCAGGACAGUGACUGAAAGCUAAAACCUGGUGAGUACAGGGUGGCCCAAUCAGUGUAUAUCAGUUUGACCUCUCCAAGAUACUAAAUCCUAAAAUAGAGAACCCAUUGAGUUAACCAGCACAUUAAUGCUUCAACAGAAAGUGCUGAAUGACAGCCUGUGAAGUACUAAAUCUGAGUAGAAUAAUCUUAAUAAAGGACAACUAAAGAAACAGGAUUGGACCAGGGAUUUAGCUUAGUGGCACUGUGCCUGUCUGUCAAGUGCAAGCUCCUGAGUUCAAUCCUGGGUACCAGUGGGAAAAAAAGAAAGAAAGAAACAACCAAGAGAAUAACAAAAAUUCAAAUAUUCUUAAUUAUACUCCUCACAUUUUUCAUGCCAUUUCAAGGAAGGACUAGAAAAUAACUACAUGAAUAUUUUACUUUCUCCAAAAGCAACCCACAGAAGCAAACUUCAUAGGAAGCCUUUCUUACAUAAACUUCUGCCAAACAAAAUAGUAAAGCCAGUUGGAACUAAGCAGUACUAUUUUCCUAACAAGGGCCUACAUGGUUUUAAGUGUCUGGCUCUAUUAUGAAGUAACACCUAAAGAAAACCCCAAGGAAACUGAAAAAUUCACUAUACAGGGUAAUAGCUUUGGCCCAGAGCUCUAAUAUUGUGCUUCAGAUCUAGCUAUGUGGAAAUGUGUUGGCCCAAACGUUUUGGUUAUCAAAACGUUUAUAAGACAGGUUCAUACAUCAUAGCACCUUGCAUUCAAGGCAUGGUAAAAGUCUAACUUAAAAAUAAUCACUGUGCACAUUACAGAACUGCACCUACUUCAUAGAAGUACUAUAGCCUGUACUGUCUUAUCAGUUUAUGUCAGGAAGUGAGAAUAAUACUGUACCAAAUCUGGAAUUACAAUGAGGAGUAAUAAUGUAUGCUAAAUUGCUUUUGUGUUUAAAAGUUAUUUUUUAUGAGAAAAGUGGUGAAUUUGUUUUUCUUUCUUUUCAGCUACUCUUAAUCCUGAAUUUUUUUUUUUAAGCCUCAAAUGAAUAGUACAAAAGGAGCCCAUUUUAUAAUAAACCUUAAUGCACAUGUUGAGAUAUCUGGACAAUGAAAAUGCCUUAAAAAAGAAUGCUUAAUGAAUAAUGUUGCACUUCCAACACCCUUUAACAAAACUUAAUUUUAAAUUGUCUUUUUCUUUUCUACUAAGGGUUCUGUUUCAGUGUUUGCCAUUGUACUUACAACUGUUAUUAAAUACCAAAUCAAAUAAUAUAAAAGCUGUAACAUUUCCUUUAAAAUUAAAUGAGGGAUUUCGAAUUGGGUGGCAAAACGUUUAUUACUUGACAAUAAACAUUAGCCACAAGAAUCCAACUCAUGAGACACCACUGUUUGGUUGAUUUGUCUUUUUAAAACAUUUAUUCUCAUCUUAAACUGUUUAUCCUUAAAAAUUUAAGUUGGAUUAACAUUCACUUUUCAAACUGAUACAAAAAUAAAACAGGUGAUUUUUCUAUAACAAGUGGUUAUUAAUCAUUUUAAAAUCAUGUGAUUUUAGCCAACUAUUACUGUUUGCCCUGGAGAAUUACUUUCAGAUACAACCCAUAAUACGAUUUAGAUUAUUUCAUCCUAAUCAUUUGAAAAUAAGAGGUUUGGGAGGAAAAGAAGACAGUUUCUCAAUACUCAUUCCCAGCAGAGGUUAACUAUAAUCUGUAGUUGUCCCCUUUAUCAGAGGGGACUAUGUUCCAAGACAUUUAUGGAUGCCUAAAACUAUAAAUAAUAUCAAAGCCUAU